AUUGAAUGGCCACAAGCGCACCACACCAUCACUAAACCAUCUCCGGUGUGGCUGCGUCUGACUUUAUCAUGCUUCAUUGAUAAGCAGUGGCAUGAAUAUAUAUCGAGCGAUUGUAUAAUGAUUGGUUGCGUUUGAUACUCACUAUCUGUUUCUCACACAAAGAUUCUUCUCUGUUAAGGGUCAUCUUGUUUUGCUGAUUGUUGCAUGAAACGUGUGAACUGUAUCGCAAAGGUGCGACCUUGAGGAGUUUAAGUUCAUGGGUUAUCAUUGGUUGAUCUAGCUGGUGAAAUCGUGCUGUAAAAAGAUGCAAGCUUUAAGCAUCUGGCCGUUAAAGUCUGGUCUUUUGGUUGGAUCAAGAUUGGAAUUUGAGUUGGAUUGUUCUUGUUUCUUAGUUAGCCGUAAGAUUAGAAAGAGACAUUGUAACUUUGGUAGUAUCUCUAGCUUGAUCUUGGAUUCGAGUAAUACCUCAAGAGUCUUGUUUCUGUGUGAGCCAAAGAGAGGUUCGUUGAGAACAUCCGUUGGAGUAGGAUGGGCCACGGAGCAACGAGAAGAGGAAGUCUCCAGGGACAAAACCAAUUCAAGAGUUAACGUAAGAGAGCUAGCGUAUAGUUUACGAGCUGCUAAGACUGCUGAUGAUGUAGAUGUUGUUCUCAAGGAGAAAGGAGAGCUGCCACUUCAAGUCUACUGCGCUAUGAUAAGAGGUUUCGGCAAGGACAAGAGACUGACGCCAGCAAUGGCUGUAGUAGAAUGGCUCAAGAGGAAGAAGAGCGGUCCAAACCUUUUCAUAUACAACAGUCUCUUGGGCGCGGUGAAAGAGUCUAAUGAGUUUGGAGAAACGGAGAAGAUACUGAGGGACAUGGAGGAAGAAGGCAUUGUAGCAAACAUCGUCACUUACAACACUCUGAUGGCUAUUUACAUGGAACAAGGAGAGUUUCGCAAAGCCCUCGAGGUUCUUGAUUUAAUCGAGGAGAAAGGCUUUGAGCCUUCACCUGUAACUUACUCAACUGCUUUGCUGGUGUACAGAAGAAUGGAAGAUGGAAUGGGAGCUCUAGAGUUCUUUAGCGAACUCAGAGAGAGAUACUCUAGGAAGGAGAUAGGGAACGAUAAUGAUCACGAUUGGGAGUUUGAGUUUAUCAAGCUCGAGAACUUCGUCGGUAGAAUCUGCUACCAAGUGAUGAGACGCUGGCUGGUGAGAGACGAGAACUUAACCACCAAAGUGCUAAAACUUCUGAACGAAAUGGACAAUGCGGGUGUUAAACCGAGUAAGGAAGAGCACGAGAGGCUCAUAUGGGCGUGCACGCGGGGAGAGCAUCACCACGUGGUUGGAAAGGAGCUCUACAAAAGAGUUAGAGAGAGGUUCCCCGACGAUGAGAUAAGCUUAUCCGUCUGCAACCACUUGAUCUGGCUGAUGGGGAAAGCCAAGAGAUGGUGGGCGGCGCUGGAGAUUUACGAGGAUCUUUUGGAAGAAGGACCUGAGCCUAACAACUUGUCUUACGAGCUGGUUGUCUCUCACUUCAGCAUCUUGCUGGGGGCAGCUAGCAAGAGAGGGAUAUGGAGGUGGGGAGUUAAGCUGCUUAACAAAAUGGAAGAUAAAGGAAUAAAACCGCAGAGCAGGCACUGGAACGCAGUUCUUGUUGCCUGCUCUAAGGCCUCAGAGACAGCGGCGGCGAUACAGAUCUUUAAAGCGAUGGUUGAGAACGGGGAGAAGCCAACGGUUAUCUCGUACGGUGCUCUCCUUAGCGCGCUUGAGAAAGGGAAGUUGUAUGAUGAAGCGUUUAAGGUUUGGAACCAUAUGAUUAAAGUGGGGAUCGAGCCUAAUCUUCACGCUUAUACCAUCAUGGCUUCUGUGCUAACGGGACAGGGGAAGUUCAAUCUCUUGGAUACGCUUUUUAAAGAAAUGGUUUCCAAGGGUGUUGAGCCUAGCGUUGUGACGUACAACGCGGUUAUAAGCGCGUGCGCGAGGAACGGGCUGAGCGGUGAGGCUUACGAGUGGUUUGGGCGUAUGAGAGGAGAGAAAGUUGAGGCUAAUGAGAUUACUUACGAGGUGUUGAUUGAGGCUCUUGCUGAUGAUGGGAAGCCGAGGCUUGCUUAUGAGUUGCAUUUGAAGGCUCAGAGCGAAGGGCUUAAGUUGUCUGCUAAGCCGUAUGAUGCGGUUGUUAGAGCUGCUGAGAGUUAUGGAGCGACUAUUGAUGUUAAUCUGUUGGGCCCUAGACCAGAGAAGGAGAAGAGAGGUUAAGCAGUGUUUACGUUAGAUUUCGAGAGAAGAUGAUGAAACAGGUUUCAUGUUAAAUUGAUGUAACGAACAUGUACACGAGACAAGAUGAUGCAACAGAGUUUAUA